UUAAAAUUGGGGUAUCGUCCCACCAAAUCGUAUGAAGAUUAUGAAUUAGGCGUUUUGUCGUAUUGCCAAGAUUCCCAAAAAUAUCUCGAAGAUUCCCAAAAUUGUAUUUGAAGUAAUUAUGAAAAUUAAAGAGGUUAAAGAUAUAUCGCAACAAUUAUCAACACUAAGAAAAUUAGAAAUUAAAAAAACUAGGCAAAACAGAGAGUGCAUUUAUUAUGAAAGUAUGAUUAUGUCUUGCAUAAGCAUGGAAAAAAUGCUAUAUAUUAUACAUGUAGAAGAAAAUGUGGAGGAAGAGCUAAAAUUUGUGGUACUGAAUUUAGCAUCACUGUAAAACAUUUAGAAACAUGCAAGCCAAUUCAAAAUGAUUCUCUAAGUCUAGCUUCUUGUUCUCAAGGUCCAUCUGUGAACCUCCCUGUUCAAGACUCUGAUUGCCCUAAGAAAAGAUAUAUAUUGAUAUUCACACAAACUGAUAAUGCUCUAUUAUUGGAUGCCUCUACACAGACAAAUAUAUCAUUAUUUUCACCAACAUCAAAUAUAUGCACUGCAGAAUGCCAAACUUUUAAUCUACAAGUUUUGGACAUCACAAACAGUCUAAUUAUGAACCCAGAGGUCUUGGAAGAAAUAGAUGCCGAUAACAGAAUUAUCAAUAGUCCAAUUAUGAACCCAGAGGUCUUGGAGGAAAUAGAUGCCUAUAAUGGAGGUAACACUAGUCCAAUUAUGAACCCAGAGGUCUUGGAGGAAAUAGAUGUCUAUAAUGGAGGUACCACUAGUCCAAUUAUGAACCCAGAGGUCUUGGAGGAAAUAGAUGCCUAUAAUGGAGGUACCACUAGUCCAACUAUCAUUCAAAACAAUCAAUAUAGUUUUAUAACAUCAAAAAACAACAAAAAAAUGAUAUAUUAUAACAAAUAUUUAUACAUCCAUGAUUUCGGCGACAUAUAUUACAAAUGCCGAAAGAAUAUUUGUAAGGGUAGGGGUAAAUUUGGGUCACAUUUUACUGUGACCCAAUCUCUUUAUUGACACCAUAAAAAUUAUAGAACAAGAUAUGGACUUAAAAUUAAUCCAAUUAGAUGAUGGCAGAAAGGUUACGGAAAAAAAAAAUAUUGUAUAUUAGACGAUAAAAUUAAUGAAAAUAUAAUACUAUACUGUGGAGGUUUUUUUACCCCUAUAGAAUAUUUGGAGAAAAUAUCAAAAUUUUUAUAUUCAAAAAAAUCAAAUCACUCUAAUUUUUCUGCCAUUGUCUAACUAUAUUGUUUUAUAUUGUCAAUAAAGGAUAACAUUACUAUUAAUCCGAGUAUUUAUAGUCGGGUUUGACAUAGGUGGUAUACGUCAUUUUCAAAAUUUAUAGUUUUUAAUUUUUUUUUUA